AUGCGGGUGGAAUUAGAAUUCACAUCAGCUCCAAUGGACAUCAAUAAAGUUCGUGUUCUUCGCCUGAUUAUAAAACACCCUGAACAACUCCGUGGCCCAGAAUUUUCCUCACAACCCAGCGCUAUGAAGUGCCUCUGCUUUGUGAUCCUCAUUUUCGGGGUGUUUUUCGCGAGUGGCGAUGAAAACCCAGGGUUUUUCCUCAAGAUCACCAAAAACGUGCCGCGGAUCGGUCGAAGAUCGCUUCCAGUGACUUCUGAGGUGGACAAUUUCUUCUUCAAGGGCCUGAAAAACGUCCCCCGAAUGGGCAGGAGGAACGACUUGAUAAUGGACGAAGUGGAAGCUGUGGCUAAGCGUGCUUCUCCAGGGAAGAACUACAACAACGUCCAGCCUUUCGACCUCAGGCUGCUCUUUGACAUCCUCUCGGACGAAAUAUCCGACCUGAAGUUCGUCUCCUGGAAAGACUUCGACGAAGCGCUGGAAGCGGACACGGUUUUGUUUGAAAAAUUGGCUCAAGUGGCCAAAGAAAGAGGCUCGCCAGAGUGGAAAGAUCACAUGCGAACCAACAAUUUCGUCUCUCUGCUGCCCGGAACGACCAACAGACACUCCAUAGAUGAUCUCCUCUAUCGCAGCGAUCGUCCUUUGCGCGCCUUCGGCGACAGCAACCUCCUUUCUGACGAUAGGAAGGAAGAUGUGGGCAAGGAAUUCCUCUAA